UUACACAGCUGAAAUUUAGCGGAACUGCUGCACUAAACUAAACAGCGCAAAAGCUAAUUCCUUUUUUCUCUCUUCCAAAUGUCUCUCCGUUCACGUUUUCUUGGCGGCGUAAAUACGCCGCUGUUGCCUACGCCGUCACAGCCACCGCCGGGGAAGGAGUCACCUCCAGUAGACAACCAACCACUCGACUCAGAUUUUAUAGUGAUACUAGCGGCACUUCUCUGCGCGCUAAUCUGCGUUCUGGGCCUCGUCGCCGUCGCUCGUUGCGCUUGGAUCCGCCGCAUUUCAGGUAGAAAUGCGGCCGUUCCGCGGUCGUCUCAGGCGGCGGCCAACAAGGGCCUGAAGAAGAAGGUCCUAAAGUCGCUCCCGAAGGUAACCUACGCUGCCAACGACGACAAGAUCGGAAAGUUAUCCGACUGUGCAAUUUGCUUGUCGGAGUUCGCCGCUGGGGACGAAGUCCGGGUGCUUCCUCAGUGCGGCCAUGGCUUCCACGUUUCUUGCAUUGACACGUGGCUUGGAUCUCACUCCUCCUGCCCCUCUUGCCGCCAGAUUUUGGUUGUCACGCGGUGUCAGAAGUGCGGUAGCUUGCCAGAGGCCUGCUCUUCCUCCUCCUCCUCCGCCGCUGCCACUCGCGCGGGAGCUGAGUCUGAGCCAAGCUACAGGCAAAGAGAAGAUCUCAUCAACAGGUUUUUGACUUAAAUUACUAUAAUCAGCUCAGUCCCCAUAUACGAUUCCGAAUUGGGGUUCUAAUAUUGAAGCGAUUACUAAUCAGGAUUAGCAGAAGAGAAAAUUCACUGUUGUUUCUGUAUGUAUUUUGCAGCGUGUGAGAAAAUACCAAUUACAUUAUCUUUAAUACUUCCAUUUCCCUUCCUUUA